GUUGUUAGGUUGUUUGGGUGUUGUCAGAUAUGCUGCUUGAGUGUAACAUGGCCCACGUGUUAACUAAAGUACAAAGAGGACAUUUUCUGUUGGACAGGAAGAGGAAAGCACUUCAGGAACCAACCAGGGUUAAGUCACCUGAUCCCAGUAAGAUUCAGUAUGACAUAGGAAUGAUAAUGAAACACAUUAGGUAUGAUUAUUAUUGUGUGAUCUAUGGAUGGGAUUAUUCCUGUGAGAUGACUGAGGCCUGGAUACAUCAAAUGGGAGUCGAUCAGCUACCACUGGGACCAAAUCAACCGUUUUAUAAUGUACUGGUUAAUGAUGGGACCAACAGAUACGCUGCACAAGAGUCACUUACCGUUUGUCCAGUGUCCGAGUUACGUCCCAUUAGACACUGGGAGGUUGGUAAAUACUUUAAAUCAUUUGCUGGCAACAGAUAUAUUCCAAAUAAUGCCCUUGAAGAGAAAUACCCAAACACAGCUGCAGAUUAGUGACCUUCGGCCAAUUU